AUGGUUCAGAAAGCUGAUUUAGUUAUUAUUGGCCUCUCAGUUGGUUUGGCUGUUGGCAUACUUGUAGCAUCUCUUGUAUUUUUUGCCAUUUAUCGGCACAAGAAACGUGCUCAUCUAUGCUCUGUAGCUACCCUUCCGUUACAAACUAAUGGAUCAGGUACAAUCGUUGAGUCCAGUGCAUCUCUCCCGAAUUUUGUAACUGUUAAGGAAUCAGAGUAUCUUGCCAAGAAGCCUCGACGCUCCUGGUGGAAUAAUCUUCGAAAAGAUCAAUAUGUUUCAACAUCUGGAAUACCAAGAUACUCUUACAAAGACAUUCAGAAGGCGACACAGAACUUCACUACUGUUCUGGGACAAGGUUCAUUUGGCCCAGUGUAUAAAGCUACGGUGCCUGCUGGUGAAGUGGUUGCAGUAAAAGUUCUUGACUCUGGUUCUAAACAAGGGGAAAAGGAGUUCCAUACAGAGGUUUCUCUGCUGGCUAGGCUGCAUCAUCGGAACUUGGUGAAUUUAGUUGGAUAUUGCAUCGAUAAAGGACAACACAUGUUAGUUUACGAAUACAUGAGCAAUGGAAGCUUGGAGAACCUUUUAUAUAAUAAAAAGUUGCAAAUUUUGAGUUGGGAAGAACGACUGCAGAUAGCACUAGACAUCUCAUAUGGGAUUGCUUAUCUUCAUGAUGGGGCUGUCCCUCCUGUGAUACAUCGAGAUUUGAAGUCAGCGAAUAUAUUGCUGGAUCAUUCUAUGAGAGCCAAGGUUGCUGAUUUUGGUUUGUCGAAGGAAGAGGUUCUUGACAGCCACUACUCGGGCCUUAAAGGAAUCCACCCAAACCAAAAUUUAAUGGAAUAUGUCAAUCUUGCAACUUUGAGUCCAGAUGGCGUGGAAGAAAUACUCGACACAAGGCUUAUUGGUACAUGCAACCCGGAAGAAGUCAGGAAUUUAGCCCGAAUUGCUCACCAGUGCUUGCACAAAACGCCCAGAAAACGCCCUUCAGUAGGAGUAGUUUCGCAGGCUAUUUUAAAGAUAAAAGAGAGGCGCCUUAUUAAAGAAAGUAAUAUGUCUUUUGCUGAAGAUUUUUCGGGAGCCAUGAGCCGGAUAGAAUUUCAAGAACUGGAAUUGAAAAGAUUGGCAAGAAUCGAUGAACGGCUAAACGUAUGA